GAAACGGCCGGAAAAACGCCGCCCGGCCGCGCAGCGAGUGCCGGCGAGCAGCCCGCCGCGGCCGGGCCAUGGGGCGCCUCCGGCUUCCCUCCUCCUGGCUCUGGGCGAGGGGCAGAGCUGUGGCCCCGCGCGGACAGACGGACGGAAGCCAGGGCCGGGGGGGCUCCGGGCGCUUCCACCUGGUCUCGCCCCUGCUGGAGAGCGCGGCCUUGUCGGAGGCGGCGGGCGCCAAGGUCUACAUGAAGCUGGAGAACGUGCAGCCCACGGGCUCCUUCAAGAUCCGGGGCAUCGGCUACCUGUGCCAGGAGGCCGCCAGGACGGGCUGCCGGCGCUUCGUCUGCUCCUCAGGGGGCAACGCGGGGCUGGCGGCGGCCUACGCGGCCGGGAAGCUGGGGCUGCCGGCCACCGUGGUGGUGCCCGGCAGCGCCGGCGAGGCCGUGCGGCGCCGGCUGCGGGACCUGGGGGCUGAGGUGGAGGUCUGCGGGCAGGUGUGGGACGAGGCCAACCGGAGGGCGCUGGAGCUGGCUGAGGCCGAGGGCUGCAUGAGCAUCCACCCCUUCGACCACCCUCUCAUCUGGCAGGGCCACGCCAGCCUGGUGCGGGAGCUGAGGGACUCGCUGGAGAGCAAGCCGGAUGCCGUGGUGCUGUCGGUGGGAGGCGGGGGGCUGCUGGCCGGCGUGGUGGCCGGCCUGCGCGAGGUCGGCUGGCCGGACGUGCCCGUGCUGGCCGCCGAGACCUGGGGGGCCCACAGCCUGCACGCGGCGCUGCGCGCCGGCCGCCUCGUCUCCCUGCCCCGCAUCGCCAGCGUGGCCAAGAGCCUGGGGGCGCUGACGGUGUCGGCGCGGGCGCUGCAGUGCGCCCGCGAGCACCCCGUGCUCUCGGAGGUGGUGGAGGACGCGGAGGCUGUGCGGGCCGUGGAGCGGUUCCUGGACGACGAGCGGCUGCUGGUGGAGCCGGCGUGCGGGGCGGCGCUGGCGCUGCUCUACGCCGGGCGCCUGCGGCGGCUGCGGGGCGAGGGGCGGCUGCCGCCGGCGCUCGCCUCCGUCGUCGUCGUGGUCUGCGGCGGCAGCGACAUCCACGCCGCCGAGCUGCGGGCCCUCAAGAGCCGCCUGGGGCUGCCCUGAGCCCCCGGCAUCCCCGCGCCCCCAACCCUCUCUUUUCACCCCAAAAUACCUGCAAGAAAGCUCCAGCUGCCGCCGCUGCCUCCCGUGCCUCGGUUUCCCCUCCCAUCCCUGCUGGCGGAUGGGGAAACCGAGGCACGGCCGAGGAGCCAUGCUGGGGGCAGCUGCGGGGGCCGGAGGCGCCGGCGAUGGGCUCGGCGCCCUGCUCGGCUGCCGCCCCCGAGCCUGCCCCUGCCUGCCCGCGGCACAGCGCUCUCCCCUUCCUUGUACUUUAUUUUUUUCUUUCCCCUCCCCUUUCCCCCCUGAUAAAUUCCGCCGGCCGGGCCAGCCCACGAGAUACUUCUUGAAGGACGAAACCCCAUAAAUCAAAACUCCGCUGCUCCGUCGUGGGCAAUAUCUUAUGUAAAAAGGUGUUUCCAGGGAGCACCGAAGGCUGGAGAAUCCUAUUACAAGGCACGCUAUUAAUUAUAAGAAGUCACCCAACCUACUCCAGCAAUUUUUUAUCCUGGGCCCAAAACCUGAUUACUCGCCGCCUUCUGCAGUCCUUCCCCUUCCCCCUCACCCCAAAAAGUAAAGGGAAAAAGGUCAAAAAAGAAAAUAGCAGUGACGGUUUCCUGACGCGUCUUUCAGAAGUUUCGAGGCCGGCGCGGCUGCUUCCGAGCCCGGCGGCGAGCCGGCGUCGCCCGGGGGCUGGGGGGGGCGGCGGGCUGUGAACAGCCCUUGCCGCAGGCCUUGGGCUAAUAACAAUAAUAAUAAUAACAAUAACAAUAAUAA